CCCAAUUAAACGCCAACGGGACUGGCAGCCAAGAUCGGUGGGCAUGGCCACAGCAACGUACGAAGCCGGCGCGGGCGCCGUGACGGUCGCCAUCGACGGAGACCAUGACGCAUGGCUGGCCGCUGGCCGAUACGGCGCCGUUGACGGUGCCACGCGAUGGCUCUCGCUCGAAGAAAGCGUGUACCUUGCAGCGCUCGGGCGCAUCGCGUUUGCCUCGAUGGCGCUGCCCACUGCCUACGCGAGCUUUGCCGCGCGUGAUGCGGCCUUUCCGGCGCGCUACGCCGUGUACCACCACUACCGGUCGCAAGGAUGGAUUGUGCAGUCGGGCCUGGCCUACGGGACGCUCUUUGCGCUCUACAGCGCGUCGCCGGACGACGUGCAUUCCGAGUACCUCGUGUACUUGGAUCCGGCCAACAAACCGCUGUCGUGGCCGAGCAUGCAGGUGCUCACACGGCUCAGCGAAGACGUCAAGAAGACCAUUUUGCUCUGCCAGCUCCACGACCCAUCCAGCGCACCAACGAACGCGCUUCUCAUUACGACACCCGUCGUGACGCUGGCGCUGUCGGAGGUCAUGUUUCGGUACUGGCCCGCGCUCGCGUCGGCCGAGACAACGCCGACGACGUACGCAAUGCGCCCGGCGACAACAAUUCCGAAGCGCAAACGUCGCUAGCACUUUGUUUUCCUAACGUUAUCUAAUUCCACACGCUUCAAAUGGUCUACGUGGCGCAGACCGC